AUGGGCUCUACCACCACGACCGACUCCCUCCCCUCCGCCUCCUCACCCUCCCUAACCCUCACCCUCGCCCACCCCUCCGAGCGUCCCAAAACAUGGUCCCUCACGCACCCCAUGUGGGGCCCCGCCCUCUCCCACUCCGAGUACCUCGCGCGUGAACACUUCAUGACGACUCUCCCGCUCGCCAAAGAUGGAGGCUUGACGCACUGGAUUUUUACCGACACCGAUUCUGCUCAGGAGGAAAACAACCGACCCGUCCUCUCCUCCUGCGAAACCCUCCGCAAACAUGCCGUCGCCGCGCGCUACGACCCUUCCUCCGACUGCGUCGUUGUGACUGAAGGAAUCUCGCACGGCAUCGGGUCUGUGUUUACCGAUCCCCAGUAUCGCGGAAAGGGGUACGCGAACAGGAUGAUGCAGGAGCUGGGGAAGCGGUUGCGGAACUGGCAGGUUGUUGACAAGAAGGAUCGGCCUGAGUCUCCCUCUGGCCAGGGCGAGAACGGAAACAAGAUGGACGGAAACGAACAAACAACCCUCUUCUCAGUCCUCUACUCCGACAUCGGCAAAUCCUUCUACGCCAAAAACGGCUGGAAAGCAUUCCCCUCGGUCCACGUCUCUUUCAAACCUGGCCCUACCAAGUCUUCCUUCUCCUCUUCCACCACCUCCCCCAACGGCACCUCCUCCCCAUCCAGCUCCUCCUUCCCAUCCCCAAGCCGCCUCGCCUCCUCCUUCCUCUCACCAAUAAGCUACCACACCCUGCCCCCCCUAGCCGCAAUCGACACCCAAAACCUCUUAACCACCACUCUCCCCCGUCUUGCACGCGCCAACCCAGACAAGACGCACGUCGCCUUGUUGCCGGACUUGGAUUGCUUGCUCUGGCAUUUACUCAGAGAAGAUUUCAUGACGCAACAUAUUUUUGACCGCACACCUUCUCGGGUGUGGGCAGUUUGGACGCGCUCGUACUACAGAGGACUGGAGAGCGAGAGUAUCGAGGGGAAUCAUAUGCAUAUUUUGCGGUUUGUCAUGGAGGGUGUUGAGGACUUGGGGGAUGAAGACUCUCUCAAAACAGUGACGGAGGACCCAGAGACGGAAAAGUAUCUGGUUGAGGCGUUUAGGGCGAUUAUGCAAGUCGCGCAAAGGGAGGCGGCCGAGUGGAGGGUGGAGGAUGUGCAGAUGUGGAACCCGAGUCCGUUGGUGAGCAGGCUGAUUGAGAAGGCCAAGAUUGAGGGCGGCUAUGCGUACGUGGAGAGGGAUAUGGAUAGCAUUCCCAGCUUGAUGUGGUAUGGGGCUGAAGGGAUGGAGGGGGGCAGGACGGAGGACGUGGAGUGGGUUGCUAAUGAGAAGUAUGGGUGGUGCUGA